AUUGAUGAUUUUGUCUUACCGCCAUUUUUAUCAACAUGCUUCCUUAACGAUGAGGAUAUUAUCAGGGUAAAACUGCUGAAUGCUAAGCAGAAGAAUGAUUUGUCGCCUUGUGAUGGUCAAAAUGCUGUACAGGAUCCUCCAAUUGGGAAGGCGAAUGGAAUGCCUUUCAACAAUAAUGUUAUGAAAGAUGAGAAAUUUGAAGCAAAUUCACAAGGAAAUGGGAACAAUGAGAAUGCUGCUCAUGAUAGUAAUUUGUCUCUUAGAAUUGGUGUAAUGGAGCAGAAUAGAGAGCAUUCACCUGAAUUUUGCAAUUCGAUGAAAAAGAGACAGAAAUUAAACUGUACUGAGAAGCAAACUACCGGCAUAGGUGUUCGAGAUAUACAUUCCAGGAAAAAUAAAACAUUUUGUAAUCUAAAUGGUGGUUCCAAAAUGAACUUACCUGCUAAAGAUAAUACACAUGAUGGUGGAUUAAUAGAUUCUCUACCUGUCUCUGAAGUAUCCCUUGGUGAAUCAUCUAGCUCGAUGCCAUGUAACGGGAGGCAACAAUCCGGAGGAACCAACAAUACUCUGGAAUCUGAGCCUCAUAUUGCAUGUGAUGUGAAUAAGGAAUUUGUCCUAUCGAAUGCUACAACCAGUAAGCAAGACCAUAAUCAGUUUACCGCAGCUAUCUUUAAAGGAAGAACUUUUUGCGGCGAUGCUAAUGAAAAGGAUUUGAGUGGUUUUUGCAUGGAAAAUCAUGCAUUGUUAGGCAGAAAGCGUGAAGGGGAUUCUUCUGACAAAAAAGCUAAGAAUGCCAUGCCGAGCACAAAGUAGACUUUACUGCACUUUUUCCUCUAACACGGCCGCCUCUGAAAGGUGAUAUACUGGCUUAUCGAUAUGUUGAACCAUCAUCAACGGCUUAUCCUGUGCUUUCAGCACCCCAAGUUGGCAAAGUCUCAGCAUUUGAUUUCAGAUCUGCACAUAUUGUGUUGGUUCCGGCUCCUGAAUUUGAGGUCUUCUCAGAAGAGAAUCCAAAGAUACCCAUUUCACCCCAAACGGUGUUGCCUUACAAGGAAGAUGGCUCGUUAGAGAUCAAUCUCUCGGCACUUAUCGAUGUUCGUUUGCUGAAAGCCCAUAACUCGAUCGAGUUGGCAUGUUUGCCUGACGAAACGUUCAAUCAAAUUAAGAAAGACAAAUGGGAAUUGGCUUCAGGUAAAAGUGAUGGGAAUCUGUCUAAUGUUAACCGCACAGGAAGGGAAAAUGGUGCUCUAUAUAUUGGAAAUGAAAGGAGGGGUUCGGCGUCAUGGAUUUAUGGAGCAUCCCCUGCGGCGACUCUGUUUUGGGAGACCGUUCUGUCAAAAGGUGCUUUCGGUAAGGGUGACAAGUGUUCCGGUUCAGGAAAAUACUGAGUAGCCGGUUCUGAGGAAUAAUUAUGGACUCCUUUUUGGCUAUUGAAGUUUUUUUUAUUACUAUGCCUGAUUCAUAUGAUUAUUUUGGUGGUUAUAUUUGUAAAUUUGUCAGUUGUAAUCUGAUCAUUUUGAUAGCUAGGAUUUUAGUUCAUUAUAUGGCUUUUUUUGUUUGUCCAUGUUUUUUUUUUCUUGGGGCAUUUACAUGAUACCAC